AUGUCUCUCCUAAACAGCCAGUCCAACCACGACUCCAUCCGCAACACCCUCGCGACCUACUGCAUCGCCCUCGACACCAAAGACUGGCCCUUACUCCACCAGGUCUUCACGCCUGAUGUCGAUGCCGAGUAUCCAUUUGCAUCGUUGAAGGGCGUUGAGGCCGUGGCGACAGCUGUUGAGAAACGGCUAGAACACGUCUCGACUCACCACGCUCUGACGACGCAAUUCAUCCGGCUUGGCGACGAGGGCCGGACGGCGAAGGCGAUGACUUAUUUUACUGGCGUGCAUUUUGGAGAGGGGAAGUGGAAGGGGAUGAAGGUUACCGCUUGGGGGAGGUAUGUGGAUGAGUUGGCUAAGGUUGAGGAGCCGGGGGAGGGUGAGAUGGCGGGAGGCGAAGCGGAGGAAGGGGGAAAGGUUUGGAGGUGGUUGAUCACUAAGAGGGCAUGUAUAUUCAUGGGACGAGACGGGGAGGAGGGCGUGAUGGCUGGAGAGGAAGGAUGA